GUCACCUCUAUUUGUAAUCGUUACCACCAAAGCAUUCAAGCUCAGUCUCACUUCAACCUUCCUUUCUCCCUUCCUCUCUUCCUUCUCAUAAUCUUUAAAAUUUCAAACCAUUUUCUUCUAUAAACAAACCCCAUGGCAAACUCUCUAUGUUUCUCACCUGCAAUUUCCUUCAAAUCUUCACACAAACCAGGGGUGGUUGUUGUUGGGAGUUCUGCUGCUGGAAAGGUUUUUAAAUUCAAUAAUGUAUUUCAACACCAUGGGAAUUCCAAAUUUCAGUCUUUGGAGGUUAAGGCUACAGAUAGUAAUCAAAGUACCAAACCAAAUAGCAUAGUCUGUUCUAAUUGUGAUGGAAAUGGUGCCAUUCAGUGUUCACAAUGCAAAGGUGAUGGAGUUAACUCUGUAGACCACUUCAAUGGGCAGUUUAAAGCUGGUGGAUUAUGUUGGCUUUGCAGAGGCAAAAGGGAGAUUUUAUGUGGGGAUUGCAAUGGAGCAGGCUUUAUUGGAGGAUUCAUGAGCACAUUUGAUGAGUAGUUCUAUGGAACUGGAAGUUGAAUAUGUUGCAGUGGUCAGGAGGAGUGAGCAUGUGGGUCAAUUUGUGUUCAGCCUUGAGUGGUGUAUCAUGGAUGAAUCUGACAUUUUCUUAGCUUGAAAUGUGAUACUUUUCUCCAUGGAGCUAGAUUCUUGCGGAA